UCGAGGGUUUUUUCCACCUGGAACGAUGGACAAGUCUCUCCUCCUCCUACUCUCCCUCUUCCAGUGGUGCCGGUGUAGCGCGCGCGUCUGGACGCGGCGAUUGAGGAUGCAAGGGAUUUACAGCAAGGGAAUAUAUGACAUGCGGAGUGUUGCUUUCCACCUCAGUUAAACAUGUAGAGGCUGUCAGGCGCGCUCGAAGUGUCUUUUUUUUUCAGGAUACCUCCUUACAGGAUCUGCGCUUGCAAAACUGACGGAGAGUCUCUUUUCCAGCCGCGGACGGAACGCGCUCUGGGUGCAAAGAGAGGGGGGCUUAUUCAUGCCGAAAUGACUGAAAUGUCUCAGAGUCAGUGUGCUGCCUUGGUUGGUGAAGACCAGCCCCUCUGCCCAGACCUUCCUGAACUUGACCUCUCAGAGCUGGAUGUCAGCGACUUGGAUGCCGACAGCUUUCUGGGUGGCCUUAAAUGGUACAGCGACCAAUCAGAGAUCAUUUCCUCUCAGUAUGGGAAUGAAGCGUCUAAUCUUUUUGAGAAGAUAGAUGAAGAAAAUGAGGCCAACUUACUGGCAGUGCUUACAGAGACCCUGGACAGCAUCCCGGUGGAUGAGGACGGAUUGCCUUCGUUUGAGGCCCUGGCAGAUGGGGACGUGACCAAUGCCAGUGACCGGAGCUGUCCCUCCUCCCCAGACGCCUCACCUCACACCCCAGAGCCCGAGGAGCCUUCUUUGCUGAAGAAGCUCCUUCUGGCGCCCGCAAACUCCCAGCUCAGCUAUAAUCAAUACACAGGUGGCAAGGCACAGAACCAUGCAGCCAGCAGCAACCACCGGAUCAGACCACCACCUGCCGUCGUCAAGACGGAGAACCCCUGGAACGGCAAAGCAAGAGGGGGCUCCGGCCAACAGAACCGCCCGGUGAGGCGACCUUGCACUGAGCUGCUCAAAUACCUAACAGCCACUGAUGACAUCCUGCUACACACCAAAGCCAGCGAUGCCAAGAGCGCCUGGGGGGGUCCCAGUAGCAGGGACAAGAGUAGCCUGGGUCUCAGUGCCUCAUCCUCGUCCUCAUCGCCAUCCUCGUCAUCCACCUCUUCGUUCUCCUCCCUGUCUUCCACUUCUUCCUCCUCUUCGUCCACCACCUCCAAGAAGAAGUCGGCUGUGUCAUCACAACAACAGCAGCAGCAGCAGUCGCCGCAGCAGCAUCACCAGCGAGGUGAGAGCCGGGCUGCAGGCGAGUGUAUUGUGGCUGGUCAUGGGGCUGGGAAGUGGCAGCGUUGCUCUCACGAUGACGGGGUUGAGGAUUCGGAGGGUGCCUCUGUUCCUGUUGGUCGCAGAACCUACACCUGUGGCCAUGCUCGCCCCAAACAGGAGCACGGGCCGCCCAAUGAAGAAGGAAGGCCGCCAGGCGAUGUUGGCCGCCUGGCCGCCGCUAGGUUCAUUAGGUAUAUGCAUUCUUAUUCCCUCCCUCCCCGAGAGGUGAGUCACAGCUGUGAGCAUUGCCGAGAGGCUGCAGGCGCCACUCAGGCUAGGCAAGGCUUUGGCAGACAAGGCCGUAGCAGCAGCGGCGGUGCCAGCAGUGCGCCGCAAAGGCACAUCACGGUAAAGAUUAAGAAAAGAGAUGCUAAGCCGGGACACCCUUUACUUAGCCAGCUACUCACCUCCAAACAGAGGCCCACUCAAUUUCUGGCCCAACUACACCAACUCUCAAUUAGUCCUUCAGGGAGUGCUAGAAGCAAAUCGGCAAGUAAGAGAUCUAAGAGCCCAGCAAAGACUUUGUUCAAAGCACAAGAGAAGGAGGAUAAAGAUAUCUCUGCUUAUAUAAACCUGGCUGAGGAAACUAAUUCCGGACCCCCAUUAUUACCUAUUACCUUAGACCUACAGAACUGGGUUAAUCAGCCAAAUCCAGAUCUAGAUUUGGGCUUUGGACAAGAGCUGGGGUGGCCAGAUCAGAGAGGCUUUGGGGAGGAUGUUGACCAUGAUGAUGAUGGUGAUGGUGUUGUUGUUGAUGAUGAUGAUAACCAUGUCAUAGGCAGCCCUGCCGUGGUGCUCUCACAGGGCCCACCAAGCCCUCUCCUCCCAGAUACUAGCAUUGCAGAGCCCUCCCCUCCCUGCAUCAUACAAGGGCAAGGGCCCCCACACAGGCAGGCACUCAGCGAGCACCCCGAUGACCAGGGCCACCUGUUGUUAGCCAAACCAACCACCUUGCCACUUCCUUUGACCCCAGAGUCUCCAAAUGACCACAAAGGAUCACCCUUUGAGAACAAAACCAUUGAACGCACAUUAAGUGUGGAGAUUGCUGGAACCCCAGGUCUGACACCACCUACCACGCCCCCACACAAAGCCAGUCAAGAGAAUCCUUUCAAAGCAUCUCUGAAAACCAAGUUGUCCUCAUGUUGCUCCUCUGCCUUGACAUGCAAAAGAGCCAGGCUGAGUGAGUUGGGCGCCGGCGCUUUGGCCCCGGCCCCAGGUGCCUCAGCCAGGGGCCCUGCCAGGAAGGGUCCCGAACAGACUGAGCUCUAUGCGCAGCUAAGCAAAGCAUCCACCGCCCUCCCUUACGCCAUCGCUCGACGUGCACUGGGGGGCGGCCUUGAGGGGCACUGCAGCACUGGCAACAACAAGCGGGCCACUGGGCAGGAUGGCCACAGCGACCAUGACUAUUGCCAGGCACUGGCUGCUUGUAAGAUGGAUGGGGGCAUAUCCGCUGUUUCCAUGGCUACAUCUUUGGAAAUGACAUUCACCCCAGGUGCCACCUCCACUGGCAAGGUGGAGAACAGGCAUGUCGAAUGUAUGGACUCAGUCAUGUCAACAUCGUUUCUAUCAUCUUCUUGUUCUACAUCAUCAUCCUCUCUUAGUCAUUUGACUAAAGAGCAGAAAUGUGUCCCCGUGGAUGGAGAUGCUUGCCGUGUCAGGGGGUUAGGGGAGCGUACCCUUCCACAAACCACUCAGAUACCCACACAGGGGGGCACUGCUGUUAGGGACCAACUGCAACUUUCUGCCACCAGCCGGAAGCCCCUGUGCGACCAGGAAAUCAGAGCAGAACUCAACAAGCACUUUGGCCCUCCCCUGCAAGCCCUCUAUACUCAGGGUGAGCAGGAGAGAGACGAUAGCAGUAAACCAAACAAGCCUACAACACCCCUGUCCCCUGAGGGGGGAGAGAUACACUUUUACUCCCAGAGACUGUCUGGAUCCAGCUACCUGCACCCAGGGUUUCUGUCCUUUCAUAAUGAGCUGGAGCUGGAUGAUGGCCGUGAGAGUCGCUUCAUCUUUCCAUGGGAGGGCACCCCUCUGGACCUACUCUUUGACUGCUCUCCCCAUUCUCCCUCCUGUUCCCCACCAUCCACUUGCUCCCCUUCACGAGGCUCCAUCUCUCCACCGUCCUCCCUUCUCCUGUCACCUAGUCGACCGUUCUGCUGGACCAGCAGCGGGUCCCGUUCCCGUUCACGGUCCCACUCUGGCUCCCGCAGCUCCUCAUCACGAUACCGCAGGCGCUCUCUGUCCAGCUCACCAGACAGACGUCCCUCCUCUUGGUCUCAUCAUAGCUCAGAUCUGAACGCUGUCCGCUCCAGACUCCAUAAGAGCCCUCACCCUCAGUCCCGGUCUCCGCUCAGCCGCAGGCCAAGGUACGACAGCUACGAGGAGUACCAGCACGAGAGGCUUAAGAGGGAGGAGUACCGACUGGAUUAUGAGAAGCGGGAGUUUGAAAGGGCCGAGCAGAGGGAGAAGCAAAGGCAAAAAGCCAUAGAGGAGAGACGGGUGGUGUACGUGGGGCGACUGAGGUCCGACUGCAGCCGAUCAGAGCUGAAGCGCCGCUUUGAAGUCUUUGGGGAAAUUGAAGAAUGUGCAGUGAACCUGAGGGACGAUGGGGACAAUUUCGGCUUCAUCAUGUUCCGCUACACCUGUGACGCCUUUGCCGCCCUUGAGAACGGACACACCCUACGCAGGUCGAACGAGCCUCAGUUCGAGUUGUGUUUUGACGGACAAAAGCAGCUCUGCAAAUCACGAUACACAGACUUGGACACCCAUUCGGACGACUUUGAUCCGACUUCCACGAAGAGCAAGUAUGACUCCAUGGAUUUUGAUAGCUUGCUGAAAGAGGCCCAGUGCAGCCUGAGAAGGUAACCAGCUCAGUGGCGCCAGAUGUCUGUGUCACAAAGAGGAACUUCUUAUACCUCAACGUUGUUUCUCGCUUCUUGGACGACGAAACCACCAGAAGUUUUAUGCUCUGUCAAAGAGCACCUGAGAAUAAGUCUAUAGACCUAUAUCGAUAUAAAUGAAUAUAUUAAAAAUAAAAGUUUACAUGAACAUAGCUGCUGAAGAGCUGGGAAGAAACAUUUCAUCCUGGGAAUACCAGUGAACUCUCACAGUUGGAUGCACUCUACAGCUGUAAAAUCAGUUGAAAGAAGGAAAAAAAAAAACUUUUUGAUUUCCUUUUCUCCGAGCACUACAAUACUCACAAUUCUUUUUUUCUAAUGAAGUAAAAACAUCCAGAUUUGUUUUCUUUUACUGUUGAUUUUCUUUCCCUUUUACUCUUUUAAAUCUGGUAUUCUGGAUCUGGUGUUACAUUACAAAACAGAAACGUGUUGAAAGUGAAUCUUGGAAAGAUAAAAUUCAGAGGGUAACAUUGUUGUCUACAUUUUAAAGGAGAAAUGUAGCCGUGUAUUUACAAAUGCUAUAAAAAAAGGACUAUUUUUAUUUUAUGUACAUAUCAGAGUUCUUUAUUUGUUACAGCUAUGCACUGUAAAACGCAGCCUUUUUUAAAAAAGAAGAGAAAAUUUCUUAAUUCAGAAUGUUGAUCUGUAGUAAUUACAAUACUGUAAAACAUAUUGUACACCUACAUGAUGUUUAGAAGACAUGACAUGAUUGUAAAAAAAGAAAAUACAGAAAAAAGUUAGACAUGUCCGAUUGCUCAUUUUGUAAGAGCAUGUGAAGAAAUGUUCUUUUUUUAAAUUUUUUUGUUUCAGUGGGGAAAAAACUGCGAACCAUGUAUAGUUUUAUGUGUUUAUAAAGUUUGUCAAUCAGUGUUUUUGCCUAAAACAACCAGUUUAAAAUGCAUUUUUGAGGUGUUUUUUCAUGAUUGUUCCCUAUUUUUAAUCACCACUCGUCAUGACGUGAUCUAUUUGCUUUUUUGCUGUUUUUAAAGACUCUGUGAUUACCAUCGAUAGGAGAGAAAACAAUAAAUCAGCACAGAUAUAUUUAUGUAUUUAUUUUAAUAUUUGAAUCAAAGUAUAUUUAUGGACUCCAUUUUACAAUGGCGUACCUCAUUAAUAAUUUUUUUUUCCUAUUUAUGUCUCAUGUCUAUUGAUUUGUGUUAUUUAACUUGCAAUCACUGGACAGGGUGUACAAUACGUAACGCUUUGGUGGGGAUGCUAUUACCUUACUAUGCCUUCCGAAACAAUCAAGCUGAUCAGUCCGGCAGUCAGGCCCCUCAUUCUUCUCUAGCAUAGAUUUAAAAAUUUUUUUUUUUGUUUGCUUAUUUUCAAUAGGUUACAGAUAACAUGAAGCAAUAAAAUGAUUUUGCAGGAAUUUUGUUGCGAAAACUUAAAAAUUGCCAUCAUCACUCCGCUCAUGCUUGAUUAUGUGAAUGCCAAACAAAAGUUUACAAUUUUUCUUUUCCUGGAUUUUAUAAAGAUCUUGUAUUUGAUGUAAACCACAUAUACCACUGAUAUUAUUCACACUAAUAAAAAGAUGAUAAACGAUAGUGGCGAUUAUGAUAAAAAAUGAAAGAAAAAACAUAUAUAAAAAAGCAAUAAAUUAUUUUUCAGAGUUGUAUUUUAGCUCCUGAUGUUGUGCGAUUUUAAGGACUAUGACCCAUUACCCAGUCGCUGGUGUAGUUAGGACUCUUCCACUAACCCCAACCCACCCCCAUCCUAUUCAAGAUGUAGCUCAGUCUCUGUGAUUGUGACACACGCAUUACCUUGUGACAUCUGUGCAAACGUGACCGACUCUAACUCUACCCUGUGUGUGUAAAAAUGUGCCCAGUCGAAGCUGAUUGUUGUGUGUUGCAUGGCUAUUUCAAGACAGCGGCUGGUUUAAAGCCUAACAGUCUUUAAAUACGUUCCUGUCAGCUGUCUGAACUGGCAGAUUUUUUUUUUUUUUAAAUGUCGUUCUAAAAGCCAAAAGAAACUCUUUAACAUGCUGCUACGCCAUU